CCCUCCCUCCCCCCACUCUCCCACUCCCGCGGUUCUCCCGGCUCCCUAAGUCCCCGCCUCCCGCUCUUCCUCGGCUUCUCCCGCUUCUUCACUCUCCAGGGGACCCCCUCACUCCCUGACUCCCCUCCACUCUCCGGAGCCCCCGGCUCCCCUGCAAUCCCCGACUCCCUGCCGCCCCCUCGGCUCCCUGCACUCCCUUCCACCCGCUCUCCCGCCCCCACUCCCGGGGCCGCUGCAUCCCCCGCACCCCUCGGGCCCCUGCACCCCGCCCCCUGCAUGGCCCGGCUGGGUGCCCUGCUCCUGGCCGCCGCCCUGGGCGCGCUGCUCAGCUUCGCGCUGCUGGCCGCCGCCGUGGCCAGCGACUACUGGUACAUCCUGGAGGUGGCAGACGCCGGCAACCACACGGGGCGCGCCGGGCAGCUGUCCUCGCACUCGGGGCUCUGGCGCAUCUGCGAAGGGCAGAACAGCUGCAUCCCCCUGAUCGACCCCUUUGCCAGUGAGGGCCUGGACGUCCCCAGCUCGGUGCAGCACCUCAUCCUGCUGCACCGAGCCGUCAUGGUGGUUCUGCCCCUGAGCCUCGUCCUUGUCGUGUGUGGCUGGGUCUGCGGCCUCCUCAGCUCCCUGGCCCAGAGCGUCCCUCUGCUGCUCUUCACCGGCUGCUACUUCUUGCUGGGGGGUGCCCUGACCGUGGCAGGCCUCAGCACCUACAUCAGCUACUCACACCUGGCCUUCGCCGAGACCACGCGCCAGUACGGCCCCUGGCACGUGCAGCACGUCCGUGUCAGCUUCGGCUGGUCUGUGGCCCUGGCCUGGGGCUCCUGUGCAUUGGAGGCGCUCAGCGGCACCCUCCUGCUUGCAGCCGCCCGAGCCCUCAGCCUGAGCCGGGCGCCGGGCCCCCCACUCUGUGGUUCUCUGAGUCCCAGGCCGGCAGAGAUUCGAAAAGCCUCUGUCCUAGACCUGGUGCCGCUGCUGCUCCUUCAGGCUGGCACUCUGGACCCCGACCCUCCGGGCUGCAGCCCCCCGGGAGUAUCUGCACGGGCCAGGGGCCGGCUGGGCGCCCCAAAGAAGCAGGUAGAGAAGUCGAGCGGCAGAGGAGAAGGGCCUGGGGGGCUGUGCAGUCCCUGA